UGUGCACGUGUCAUACUUUUAACUGCGUUUCUUUGUGCGUCGGGCAACUUUCAGUGAGACGUGGGCAUGUGUUGCAUGUGAGAGCAGACGAAGUUGAGUGCGCAGAUUUAAGGGUGACACAAAAGGAAAUCCAGUGACAAGCAACAGCUGAUGUAGGACGGGUAAAGAGAGGGGACAUGCCUGGAGGGCUCCAUGGUGAAACGGUUGCUGAAAAGGACAGAGUGAAAACGGAACAAGACCACUCCACACACCAUGAAGAAAGAGCGCUCUGAUGAUCAGAGUAUAAAUGAAGUUGGGGCUCUGUUCAGCAUGUCUGGCAGUAAUUAUGACGGCAAAGGGAAGAGGAUUAAGGUACUAUCCCAUCCUGGGCUCCCAUUAGUGGGAUUGAUGUUUUUGGCCACCCUCCCUUUUGGAGCAAGCAUCAAACAGAGUGUCCCCAGGGUCAAACUCAGCCACAGAGAACUGCUGCAAGCUGGCAGUGUAUCUCUGUUUUUGGGCCCCUCUGAGGGCCUCCACUCCCACUCGCUGCUGUUGGAUGAGGAGAGAGGCCGUCUUCUGUUGGGAGCCAGGGAUCACGUCUACCUGCUUGACCCCGACAAUCUGGUCACAGCCGCCAGAAAGAUUUACUGGCCUGCUCCCCGGGACAGAGUUGAAAUGUGCAAACUGGCGGGCAAAAAAGCAAACUUGGAGUGUGCUAACUUUGUCAGGGUGCUCCACAACUACAACCGAACACACGUCUACGCCUGCGGGACAGGAGCCUUCCACCCCAACUGCGCUUUCAUUGAAAUCACCGGCCGCAGAGAGGAUGGCGUGUUCCAGCUGCUGUCUGGUACGGUGGAGUCUGGCAGGUUGAAAUGUCCUUUUGAUCCGUUGCAGCCGUUCACCUCAGUGCUCACAGAUCAGUACCUGUACGCCGGCACAUCUUCAGACUUCCUGGGCAAAGACACAACGUUCACACGCUCCCUUGGCCCUCCACCUGACCAGCACUACAUCCGCACAGACAUCUCUGAAGACUACUGGAUCAAUGAGGCCAGGUUUAUAUCUGCUCAUCCCAUCGCAGACACCUACAACCCAGAUGAUGAUAAGAUAUACUUUUUCUUCCGGGAGGUAUCGUGGGAAGGCAACGACAAGAGCAUCCUGUCCCGAGUGGCUCGUGUGUGCAAGAAUGAUGUGGGUGGGCUGAGGAGUUUGACCAAUAAAUGGACCACCUUCCUCAAAGCCAGGCUUGUGUGUUCUGUCCCUGGACCGGACGGAGUGGACACACACUUUGAUGAGCUCCAGGACAUCUUUCUGCUCCCGACCAGAGAUGAUAAAAACCCCGUAGUGUAUGCCGUCUUCACCACCUCCAGCUCCAUUUUCCGUGGCUCAGCAGUGUGUGUGUACAGCAUGGCAGACAUCAGGGCCGUGUUUAACGGACCUUACGCUCACAAGGAGGGGCCCGACCACCGAUGGGUAGAAUAUGAAGGGAGGAUACCGUAUCCACGUCCCGGGACGUGUCCCAGCAAGACAUAUGAUCCAAGGAUCAAGACCACCAAAGACUUUCCAGACGAGGUCGUCAGUUUCAUCCGAUUCCACCCUCUGAUGUAUCGCUCUGUCUACCCUCUGACCAGCCGGCCUGUGUUCACACGUGUCCGCGUGGACUACACCUUGACCCAGAUUGUGGUGGACAGGGUUUUAGCAGAGGAUGGACAAUAUGAGGUCAUGUUCCUGGGAACAGACGCUGGCUCAGUUCUGAAGGUGGUGAGCAUCACUCAAGAGAACUGGUCAACAGAGGAAGUGGUGCUUGAAGAACUUCAAGUUUUCCAGGUUCCCACUGCCAUCCUCAGUAUGGAGCUGUCUUCUAAACAGCAACAGCUCUACGUGGGUUCAAGCGAGGGGCUAGCACAGGUUUCCCUCAGCAGAUGUCACCUGUAUGGCCAAGCCUGUGCUGAAUGCUGUCUGGCACGAGACCCCUACUGCGCCUGGGAUGGACACACAUGCUCACGAUACGUCCCUGCGUCUAAGAGGCGAGCCAGGAGACAGGACAUCAAGCAUGGAGACCCUGCCAGUCAGUGCUGGGACACAGAGGACAGUCUUGGUGGGGGACGGGUGGAGGAGAGGGUGCUCUUUGGGGUGCAAAGCAACUCCACCUUCCUGGAGUGUACCCCCAAAUCUCAACAGGCCCAGAUCAGGUGGUUCAAACAGAGACCUGGAUCUGAACGCAGGGAGGAGGUCAGGUUGGAUGAUCGUGUUGUUCACACUGACCGAGGUCUCCUGAUUCGCUCCCUCCACGCCUCUGAUGCUGGCGUGUAUGUCUGCGUAGCUCAAGAGCACACACACUUCACCCACACCCUCCUCCGUCUCACACUGCAACUUGUUACACACGGCCAACUGGACGGGAAGCCCAAGCCCAGCGAAGACCCCGCAGUGGAGCUACGACACAGCGGAGAGUCUCGUCAGCGGUAUAAAGACUACCUGAGAGUGAUGAGCUCUCCUUUCGGCUCUCUGGAGGAGUACUGCGAUUCACUUUGGCUGGAGAAGAGGCCGUCGAGGGCUCGAGGACGAGGCUUAGGCGGCGGCAAAUGGAAACACAUCCAGGAAAUGAAGAAGAGCAGGAACAGGAGACACCACAGAGAAAGGGAGGAAGAGAGGGGGGGAGGAAGGGUGGUGAGGACAGCACAACCGUGAGGGGUGAGGUUAAAAAACCCCCCCCAAAAAAAACAGUCAAGAUGAGCUGAGUAUAUUCACCUACUGGGUGACGAAGCAGAUAUGACACAGAACUGUACAAUUGCAAUGACAGAUCAGUUCAUGAGUAAGCAGUCUAACUCAGAGCUAAUGGGGAAUAAAAGACUGAGUUCAGAAUGAAUAUAUUAAUUUCAACAAGCAAUUCAAAGCAGCGUGGGUUUGACAGUAUGUAAUUUCUUCAUGUGCCAACUGUGCAAGAAAAUUUUCAUCUUCGUUUUUUCUCGAAUUCUAAAAGGAAAUCACUUCAAACGUUUAGGAUACAACUAAAAUGAUUAGUUUCUCCUGUUUGCAGAUAACCGGUUUCAGAGAAAAUACCAGAGACUACAUUACUGACGUGCAGGUGAAGUGACCACGGUGAAGGAUUACAACAUCUCCAAAGCACAGAUAAAACUGACGGUUAAUAGAGGUGAUCAAGGAAAAUAUAUACAGUAGUAAUAAUAAAAAAAACAAAAAAAACAAAUAGAAAUAGAAAGUUUGCUCAUGGCGAUGACAAUGCAUUCAUGUUGAAUGACUGUAAAUAUUUAUAUAACGUGUACAGGAGAUACGGCAUGCUAAACAUAGUCUAAUUACUGACCUGUAUAACUCUAAUGAUAAUCAUGUAUUGGGUUUUUUCCUGCAAAAAAAAAAUAACGUAUUUUUGUACAAACAUUUAACAUAUCUUCUGUAGGUUCAAUAGGUGUUUUCAUUAUUGUUGUG